GUGUUGCAGCUAAGAACAAUCAUGGAGUGGAAGGGUCUUCCCACUCACCUGCUGCUGCUGUUGCUGCUGCUAUCUGUUUUCUUGACUCAACAAGUUUCAUCUCAAGAUUUAUCAAGCUGUGCAGGGAGAUGUGGGGAAGGGUAUUCUAGAGAUGCCACCUGCAACUGUGAUUAUAACUGUCAACACUACAUGGAGUGCUGCCCCGAUUUCAAGAAAGUCUGCACUGUAGAGCUCUCCUGUAAAGGCCGCUGCUUCGAGUCCUUUGCGCGGGGGAGGGAGUGCGACUGUGACGCCCAGUGUAAGAAGUUUGGCAAGUGUUGUGCUGACUAUGAAAGUUUCUGUGAAGAAGUGCAUAAUCCCACAACACCACCACCUCCAAAGACUGCACCUCCGCGUCCAGAAGCAUCUCAAACCAUCAAAUCAACCACCAAACGCUCAUCUAAAUCACCAAAAAAGAAGACUAAGAAAGUUAUAGAAUCAGAGGAAAUAACAGAAGUAAAAGAUAACAAGAAAGACACUCCCAAAAAGGAAUCUGCCCCCAAACCGCCGGUCGUCGAUGAUACUGGAAGUGGACUGGACAGUGGUGAAACCAAGCUCACCCCAACACCUGACAUUCCUACAACUCCACACAAUAAAGUUGCCACAUCUCCCAAGACUACAACAACAAAACCAGUAAGUCCUAAACCCAGUCAUGCACCUAAUUCUGAGACAACCAAAGAGGCAUCUUUAACAGCCAAUAAAGAGACAACGGUUGAAACUAAGAUGACUGCAACAAAUAAACAGACCUCCACCAGUGCAAAAGAGAAGACUACUUCAGCUAAAGAGAUUCGCAGUGCAGAGAAAACAUCUGCUAAAGAUGUUGCACCCACAUCUGAUGUUCCUACACCCACUGCCCCCACGGAAUCGGUUCCCACUACCACCAAGCCAAUACCCACUACUACAAAGAAGCCUGAACCUACUUCCACCAAGGAGCCUAAACCUACCACUCCCAAAGAGCCUGAACCCACUACCACCAAGGAACCAGCUCCUACCACCCCUAAGGAGCCUAUGCCCACUACCCCUAAGGAGCCUGAACCUACCACUACCAAGGAACCAGCCCCUACCACCCCUAAGGAGCCUAUGCCCACUACCCCUAAGGAGCCUGAACUCACCACCCCUAAGGAGCCUGAACCCACCACCAAGGAACCAGCUCCUACCACCCCUAAGGAGCCUAAGCCCACCACCCCUAAGGAGCCUGAACCCACCACCAAGGAACCAGCUCCUACCACCCCUAAGGAGCCUAAGCCCACCACCCCUAAGGAGCCUGAACCCACCACCAUCACGAAACCAGCCCCUGCCACCCCUAAGGAGCCUAAGCCCACCAGCCCUAAGGAGCCUGAACCCCCCACCAUCAAGAAACCAGCCCCUACCACCCCUAAGGAGCCUGAACCCACCACCUCCAAGGAGCCUGAACCCACCAUACCCCCAAAGCCUGAACCCACCAUCUUCAAGAAGCCUGCACCCACUACCACCAAGGAGCCUGAACCUACCACCCCCAAGGAACCUGCACCCACUACUCCCAAGGAACCAGCUCCCACUAACCCUGGGGUACCUGAACCUACCACUCCCAAAGAAUCAGCUCCCACUACCCCACAGGAGCCUGAAUCUACUAACACUAAGGAAUCAGCUUCCACAACCCGGAAGGAGCCUCCCACCACUCCACAGAGCCCUGCUGAAGCAACUCCUGUGUUUUCUGCAGAACCCACACCAAAGUCUCUUGAAAACAGUCCCAAGGAGUCUGCUAUACCAACAAAGAUUCCUGAGGUAACCAAACCUAAAAUGACAACAGCUAAAGGCAAGACAACAGAAAAAGGCACACCCAAAAUUACAACAGCUGCACCAAAAAUUACAACAAAAGAGACACCAACUACGCCAGAAAAGACCACUGAAUCAAAACCAACUACCACCACACAAGUAACACCCACAACUAAAGAUACCACAUCACCCCAAAUUACUACUCUGAAAGCAACAACUCUGGCACCCAAAGUAAUUGCUACUACAACUGAAGAGACUCUGAAUAAAGCCGAAGAAAGGCCUGAAUCAGAAGAUACUGCCACUGAUUUGAAGGCAACAACUCCCAAACCCCAGAAGCCAACCAAAGCACCCAAGAAGCCCUCUUCUACCAAAAAGCCAACCAAAGCACCCAAGAAGCCCUCUUCUACCAAAAAGCCCAAGACACCUAAAGCAAGAAGACCAAAGACUACACCAGCUCCUCCAAAGACCUCAACAGUGCCUGAACUGAAUCCCACCUCUUUAGAAGCCAUGCUGCAAACCACUACCAACCCCAGUCAAACUCCAAACUCAGAAAUAGCUGAAGUAAAUCCAAGUCAUGAAGAUACAGAUGGAGCCGGAGAAAAACCUCACAUGAUUCCCAGGCCCCCAGUGUUAACACCCAUCAUUAUUCCAGGCACUGAACACUUAGCAAGACACCCUAAUCAAGGCAUGAGCAUCAACUCCAUGCUUUCAGAUGAGACCAAUUUAUGCAACGGUAAGCCAGUAGAUGGACUGACUACUUUGCGCAAUGGGACACUGGUUGCAUUUCGAGGUCAUUAUUUCUGGAUGCUAAAUCCAUACAGACCACCAUCUCCACCUCGUAGGAUUACAGAAGUCUGGGGUAUUCCCUCCCCUAUUGAUACUGUUUUUACUAGAUGUAACUGUGAAGGAAAGACUUUCUUCUUUAAGGAUUCUCAGUACUGGCGCUUCACCAACGACAUACAAGAUGCAGGGUAUCCUAAACAGAUUGUAAAAGGAUUUGGAGGACUAACAGGGAAAAUAGUGGCAGCUCUUUCAAUAGCUAAAUUCAACAACAGGCCUGAAUCUGUAUAUUUUUUCAAGAGAGGUGGCAACAUUCAGCAGUAUACUUAUAAACAGGAACCCACGACCAAGUGUUCCAGAAGGAGGCCUGCUAUAAACUACUCAGUGUACGGAGAAGCAGCUCAAGUCAGGAGACGCCGCUUUGAACGAGCUGUUGGCCCUUCUCAAACACACACCUUCAGAAUUCAUUAUUCACCCAUCAGAGUUGCUUAUCAGGACAAAGGUUUCCUCCAUAAUGAAGUCAAAGUGAGUACCAUGUGGAGAGGGUUUCCAAAUGUGGUUACCUCAGCAAUUACACUGCCCAACAGCAGAAAACCUGAUGGCUACGAUUACUAUGCCUUUUCUAAGGAUCAAUACUACAAUAUCGAUGUGCCUAGCAGAACAGCAAGACCAAUUACUACUCGUUCUGGGCAGACACUCUCCAAAGUCUGGUACAACUGCCCUUAGACUGACAAGCAAAGGAAGACUCAAGUAAAAUGAAGACAA